AUAUGGCUACUCACAUUUACUAUACAGAUAUACACAUACCUGAAGAUGGUUUAGAACCCUGUGAUGUCACACAUGCUUGUGAUGAUGUCACCGUAAGCUGUACAAGGAGGUGCGCGCCGGCUGCAGUCUCUUCAGUGUGUUUUGCAUUCACAACCUGUGGUGCAAAGUGUUUCUUAGAGAGUUUCUAUUUGCGAUAGAGAAUUCAAGAUUUUGACCGUUCCUUGUCUGAAGAGAGAACCACAAGUGUUUUCAGGCUCUGACCUGUGACCAUGGCCUCUCCACAAGACCCAUUGCUGAAGGAGGAGGAAGAAGCAAUGGAGGACCAUCGUGAUGUGGAUGUAGAAAAGGGCGAUAUCCCUGAGAGGCAGAACCUGCCAUCUCUAAGCGUGAUGUCCACUGCACGUUCCAUCAUCACCGUAGUGAUCCUCGCCUUUGUUAAUUUGCUCAUCUAUGCAAAUCGCUCCAGCGUGGCGGGGGUGCUGCCUUAUAUACAGAAAGCAUAUGACACCAAUGCUAGUCUGUCCGGCUUAUUGAAUACAUUGUUCAUUGGAAGCUACGUGCUGGUCGCACCAAUUGCCGGAUAUUUGGGCGACCACUGUAAUAAGAAAUAUACUGUUUGCGCAGGAGUCAUCGUUUGGCUGAGCAUGACACUUACCCUGUCAUUCAUCCCUGACGGGUACUUCCUGCUCUUCCUGCUGACGAGUGGACUGGUUGGAGCCGGAGAGGCGACUUUCUGCACCAUCGCCCCCUCCAUCAUUGCAGACCUUUUUACAAGUGACCAGCGGACCCGCAUGCUGAACGUGUUUUACUCCGUCAUACCUGUAGGCUGCGGACUAGGAUACAUCAUCGGGCCCAAAGUGACUGAUGCAGCAAGGGGUGAUUGGCACUGGGCGUUUCGGGUCACCCCUGGCCUGGGCCUCAUAGCUGUGGCUUUGAUUAUUUUGGUCACAAAAGAGCUUCCAAGAACGACUACAAACGGGAAGAAGAACAACAAAUCCCAGAAGUUUGCCAAAUGGGUGACAGAUCUGAAAAAACUAUUUAAAAACCGAAGCUUCAUGUUAACCACCAUGGGAUCGACGGCUGUAUCCUUCAUAGUGGGAGCCAUAGGUGUAUGGGGUCCGUCAUACCUGACCCACGCACGAACACUCCUACAAGAGAAGGACCCUUGCCGCGCUGAACCGUGUGACUAUCACGACAUCCUAAUAUUUGGUGUGGUUACAGUCGUUUCCGGCAUUCUGGGAGUUGUAGCAGGGACGGAGAUAAGUAAAAGAUAUCGCAAAUCCAACCCACGGGCGGACCCGCUUGUGUGUGGAUGCGCGAUGAUGCUCUCCGCCCCUUUUCUUCUGUUGGCAUUGACUUUUGGCAACAUCAGCCUCGUUGCCACCAACAUCUUCAUCUUCAUCGGAGAGACGCUUCUGUCAGUAAAUUUCACCCUCAUAUCUGACAUUAUACUAAAAGUAGUAACUCCGUGGAGGAGAUCUUCAGCCCUGGCCGUGCAGAUGACAAUCUAUCACCUCCUAGGUGACGCCGGCAGCCCGUACCUCAUCGGCCUGAUAUCUGACACCUACGAACGAGGAUAUGCCAAAUCCCCUCUUCUGAAAUACCGCAGCCUGGAGUAUGCCCUCAUGACCUGCACCAUAAUGGCAGUCAUCGGAGGGGCCUUCUUCAUGGCCACGGCCCUAUAUAUAGAGAGGGACGAAAAAGAAGCAGAGAUGGAAUCAGAACCUCCGUCAUCCUCCUCCUCCUCACUGCUUCCUGCCGAUGAGGACCACGCUUCAGACUGAGGAAAAGUCAAUGCUUACCUUUAUCUCGUUUACUUCAUUAAAAAAAAAUUAAGAAAAAAAAUAACUGCAUUUGUUCU